AUGGCCGACAAGGACAGCGUGGAGAAAUACCUGGAGAACAACCCUCAAUUCGCCAAAGAAUAUUUUGACAAAAAGCUUCGCGCCGAGGCCCUGACCGCCGCCUUCAACGCCAACCUGGAGGUGAAGGACACGGCGUCGUUCAAGGAUGUAAACACGCUCCAGGAAUCCGUCAUCAUCUUCGACCUGAUCAAAGAGAUGCAGAAGCCGAGCAACCUGGAGCAGUCUCUCCACAAGGUCCUGCAGAGGAUCGCGCUCAUCAUCCAGGCCGAUCGGAUGAGUUAUUACGCGCUGAGGGGUCGUAACGGCACGCCAGAGCUAUACACGUGUCUGUUUGACGUGACGCCCACCUCCAAGUACGACAGUAACCUGGUGCAUCCGCAGGCCGAGAUUGUGUUUCCCACAGACAUCGGGAUAGUGGGCCACACAGCUGCCUGCAAGAAGCCCCAGAAUGUCGCUGAUGUCACAAAGAAUCCAAAAUUCAGCGACUUUGUGGACAAGCAGACCGGGUACAAGACCAAAAACCUGCUCAGCUUCCCCAUCAUGGCUGAGAAAGAGUGCAUCGGUGUCGUCAUGGCGCUUAACAAAAUCGGAGCCGAUGCUUUCAGCAAAGAGGACGAAACGCUGUUCCACAAGUACAUGACGUUUGGCCAAGCGGUCACCCUCCAGCACCACACGGCCUACAUGUACAACGUGGAGUCCAGGAGGAGCCAGGUCCUGCUCUGGUCGGCCAGCAAAGUGUUUGAGGAGUUGACAGACAUCGAGAGGCAGUUUCACAAAGCGCUGUACACUGUGAGAACGUACCUCCUGUGUGAGCGCUACUCCGUGGGUCUGCUGGACAUGACCAAAGAGAAGGAGUUCUACGAUGAGUGGCCGGUGAAGCUGGGAGACGUGGAGCCGUACAAAGGCCCGAAAACACCAGAUGGCAGGGAAGUCGUCUUUUACAAGAUCAUUGACUAUUUGCUUGAAGACAAGGAAGAAAUUAAAGUCAUCCCGGGUCCACCUGUGGAUCACUGGGCCCUGGUCAGCGGACUACCGACCUACGUGGCAGAAAAUGGAUUUAUCUGUAACAUGAUGAAUGUGGCUGCGGACGACUACUUCACUUUCCAGAAAGGACCAGUGGACGAGUCUGGAUUCGUCAUCAAGAACUGCCUGUCCCUGCCCAUCGUCAACAAGAAAGAAGAAAUCGUGGGAAUCGCUACUUUCUUCAACAGGAAAGACGGGAGGCCUUUUGACGAGCACGACGAGCAGAUCACUGAGGCCCUGACUCAGUUCUUGGGUUGGUCCGUGUUAAACUGCGACACGUACGACAAACUGAACCGAACAGAAUACAGGAGGGAAAUCGCUCAGGACAUGUUGAUGUACCAGACCAAGUGCACCUCGGCCGAGCUGCAGUCCAUCCUGAAUACAAAAGAGAAGUUUGAUUCUGAACCUGAAGACUGCGACCAGAAGGAGAUGUACAAAUUACUACGAGCCAAUAUCCCACCCGCCAACGAUGUCAAUGGUGAAGACCUGUACAAAUUCUCCUUUAGCGACUUCCCCGUCUCCGAGUCGGACCUCAUUAAAGCCGGUAUCCGCAUGUUUUUUGAGCUCGGCGUGGUGGAGAAAUUCAAAGUACCCCCAGAGACGUUGACCCGGUGGAUGUACACGGUGAGGAAGGGCUACAGAGCCAUCACUUACCACAACUGGAGACACGGCUUCAACGUGGGACACACCAUGUUCUGUCUGCUGCAGACCGGGAAACUGAGGAAAUACUACUCAGACCUCGAUGCCUUCGCGAUGGUAGCCGCUGCAUUCUGUCACGACAUCGACCACAGAGGAACCAACAACCUCUACCAGACAAAGAGCGCUCAUCCUCUGGCCAAACUGCACGGCUCUUCCAUUCUCGAGAGGCACCAUUUGGAAUACAGCAAAACGCUCAUGGGCGAAGAGGCUUUGAACAUUUUCUGCAACCUUCAAAAACGCCAAUUCGAAAACGUGCAGCACUUGUUCGACGUCUGCAUCAUUGCCACAGAUCUGGCUCUUUACUUCAAAAAAAGAACCAUGUUUCAAAAUAUCGUCAACGCCACGGAGCCGAUGACGGAUGAAAAAGAGGCCAUUGCUUACAUUUCAAACAAUCCAACCCGAAAAGAAAUUGUUAUGGCUAUGAUGAUGACCGGAUGUGACUUGUCUGCCAUUACCAAGCCUUGGGAGGUGCAGAGCAAGGUGGCGCUGAUGGUCGCAGCUGAAUUCUGGGAACAGGGAGAUUUAGAGAGAACUGUUUUAGACCAGCAACCAAUUCCCAUGAUGGACCGGAACUGUGCGGAGCAGCUUCCCAAGAUGCAGUGCGGUUUCAUUGACUUUGUGUGCGCCUUUGUGUACAAGGAGUUUUCCAGGUUCCACAAAGAAAUCCAGCCCAUGUUUGACGGACUGAACAACAACCGGUCGCACUGGAACGAGUUGGCGGAGGUCUACAACGCUAAGAUGAAGGCCAUAGAGGACGAGAAGAAGAAACUAGAGGGAGGGGGAGAAGAGAAAGUGGAAGGGAAGUCAAAAACCUGCUCCAUCUGCUGA